UUUUUUUCCACCGAUCUACCAGCUAUAUCUAAUCUGCAAACAAAAUGCAGUCGUUUGAACUUUGAUUUCGUCAAUUAAGAUGCAAUAUCGCCAAGUAGCAGAGGAAUAUUCCAUUUCAUUUGAUCUUUUGUAGAUAAUUCAGAACCUUUCUUUAUAACUUUUAAGUAUUUAACAAGUUUUGAGGGGUUGCGCCUAAGAUUAUUAAUUAGUUGAUGUAUUAAUAUUUACAUUUUUUGUUUUAUAUUAUAUCUGAAUUACUUUAAACAAUGUUUAAAGCAUAAUUAGUUUAGAAAAAUGUGAGAAAAGUCUUAUAAUCUUAACCUGCACUCAUUUUUAGGGUCAAAACGAAUCGCUGAUGAAGAGGAUUAACAGCACCUGACCUAUUAUGCUUCCCACUGUCCCCCACUGGGCAAUUAAUAAUACCAUUUUGUCAUAUAGAGACAGCGGUGUGUUGCCAAUAAUUGUGUGUCGUACAUUUUGGCAGUUGUCAACCGUUGGCCCAACCGAGCGGUUCGUUUUAGCUGAGUUUAAGCCACCUUUAUCAGAGACACUUAGCCACGUCCAAGGAGAAAAUAUCCAAAGCAGCGUUAGAAACAAAAACAAAAAAGACAAGCGAGCUGCCUACAAAGCACCACAUUAGGCCAUAAAAAGCGGAAUCGAUAGCGUUUGUGGUGAUGCACCUCAGCGUGGCCCUUUGGGCAUGUGGCGCCCUUCUCGCGGUGCUACUCACCUGGCAGCAGCGCAAAUGCUGGCGGCUAAUCUGGCAGUUGAACGGAUGGCGUGGAGUUGUCCAGCAGCCAGUCUUAUGGUUUCUACUUUGUAUCAAUCUGCAUCCAAACAGCAUUUUGGAGAAGGUUACCCAGUAUCGAGUGUACUUUCAGCGUCCGAUUGCCAUAAUUUUGGGUACCCGAGUACUUGUUUAUAUCGAUGAUCCUGCCGGCAUGGAGUGUGUUCUUAAUGCCCCUGAGUGUCUGGAUAAGACCUUCCUGCAAAAUGGCUUCUUUGCUCGUCGCGGAUUGUUACAUGCUAGAGGACAGCAAUGGAAAUUGCGUAGAAAACAACUUAACCCAGCUUUUAGUCAUAAUAUUGUGGCCAGUUUCUUUGAUGUCUUCAACUCGGUGGGCAACCAAAUCAUCGAACAGUUUCUAUCGCAGUCAAAUCUUCAUGGAAAGAACGUCAAGUUUACGGAUGCUGAGGACUUGUUGAGUAGAGCUGUCUUGGAGGUUUCCUGUUUAACCAUUAUGGGCACUCCAACCAAUUUCACCCAAAUCGAUGAUGCGCACAUUGCCCACAGUUACAAGCGACUUCUGGAAAUCUCAGCCAUUCGUGUGGUAAAACCAUGGCUACAGAUUCGUCUCUUGCAUCGUUUUUUGGCCCCGGAACUUUACGAGGAGUCCAGAAAAUGUACAAAGUUGUUGGCGGAUUUUGUAGGCGAAAUUGUAAGAACAAAGCAUCGCAACUGGAGGCUAAGAGACGCAGUUAGUGGUGAAAAGAAUGGCGAGGAGUCCUCAUCCGGCUGGCAGAGACGCAUCUUCAUUGAACAGAUCUUCCAGCUGGCCGCCAACGGGGAGAUGACCCUCGAGGAGAUCAUGCACGAGGCACAGUCCAUGGUUCUGGUGUCCUUCGAAACGGUGUCCAAUAGCAUUAUGCUGGCUCUUCUCUGCCUGGCCACUAACAAGGGCGACUGCCAGCAGCGAUUGCUGGCGGAGAUCAGAUCCUUAGUGCCUGACAGCGGUCAUGUGGGAUUGGAGCAGCUGCAGCAGUUGCGAUAUUUGGACGCCUUUGUUAGUGAAUCAUUGCGUCUUUUGGCCACCGUUCCAAUGAAUCUGCGUCAUGUCAGUCGAGAUUUUCAAUUGUCAAGCAGGGAAAAGGAGACCAUUGUGCCACAGAACAGCAUCAUAGUGCUGGACACUUUCAAUAUGCAACGCGACGAGCGUUGGUGGGGCGCCAAUGCUAAAGAGUUUGAGCCACAAAGGUUCCUGGAUCAUGACCAGGAGCCGAAGGGUCAGUCUAAUGCAGGAGCUGGUGAGCCAAGAAGGCAACGGGAUCGUCGACACUCCUAUAGCUUUCUGCCCUUUUCCAAUGGACUGCGAUCGUGUAUUGGUCGCCGCUAUGGACUGUUUAUUAUGAAGGUGUUUCUGGUCAAGUUGAUCUCGAACUUUAAUUUCCAGAGCGACUUUGAGCUGGAGCAGCUGCAGUUCGUGGAGAACAUAUCGCUGAAGUUUAGAAACGCCGACGACAUCUUCUUGACAGUUCAGCCACACAAACAGUCCAAGGAGUAGACUUAAUAGAUGUCCUUUAAUCAAAUACUUUUUUUAUUACAUGUUUUUUUUGUAUAUUUUAUUUUAGAUAUCAGGUAAUAUUUAAAUACUUGUUACUCGAGUCUUGUUUCCAUGUACCUUAGCGGAGCAUCAAUAAAAAGAUUUUUAAUUUAAUGUA